AUGUUGAUUCUGCGUGGCUUGAUUAUGGAUUACUAUCUUCCUCUCAUCGCGGAUCCGCAUUUUUUGGUUUUCUGUGAUGAGCUUGUCCCCAUCUGGGGCUCUGGCGUCUUUCUGGGUCUAACGGUACCCAGCGCCCUCUGCCGAAGAUCUCGGUACGGCGUCCUCAGGCUGGAGGGUGGAGCGGAGGAGGCCUGGUCGACCUGUAUGGACUCGGUGGGCCGAGGCGGGGCCCGUUCGGCAUCUUUAAUAAGUUUCACCGGGACCCGGUGGCCGGGAUGGAGACGGCUAAGCCGCGAGAUGUUUACCUACUACCACAGCGUCCACAGUACCCGGCUCGGCCUUAGGCCUCGGGUCCCGACGUCCUCUCGGGAAGCACAAACCUACUACAGAGUGAGCAUGGGUUUAUGCGUCUUAGGCAUUAUUGUGAUGGCGAGCACCAAUUCUCUGAUGUGGACCUUCUUUAGCCGUGGCCUCAGUUUCUCCAUGUCUUCAGCCAUUGCAUCUGUCACAGUGACUUUUUCAAAUAUCCUCAGCUCGGCCUUCCUGGGCUAUGUGCUGUAUGGAGAGUGCCAGGAGGUCUUGUGGUGGGGAGGAGUGUUCCUCAUUCUCUGCGGACUCACCCUGAUCCACAGGAAGCUUCCGCCCACCUGGAAGCCCCUUCCACACAAGCAGCAGUAGCACCACUUUGCUGGAUGGACUAGCUGGAAAGAUCACGAUGGUGGCCCAGCCUUGGGAUGGCAUGUGGGACUGUGUCCUAGGGCGACCCAGUUGUGCAGCCUUCUGACCAUCAGCCAAGGGAAGCAGGCCUCUGACGGAGCAGGCUUGAGGGUGGACAACUCUGGCUCUGUAAGGAGAGAUGCAGCCACAGCAGUGUUCUACUGGAAGCGUUUUGAUCAUCUGUGCAGUGCUUUGGAUUCUUGCUCCCAGGCCCACCCCAGUGAGCCUUCGCAGUUGCUGGAGAUCCUGGGGUUGGUCUGCUUUGUGUAUGGUACUUGAAACCACGCUGUAAUUAUUAUCCUGUUGCCAAACAAAAGCCAGUCAUGUAACUUUAGAAGCAGUGACUGGUGGGGCCUUCUGACAAUUCCAUGCUGAUGUAUCAGGCCAUCUGUGUCAUGCUUAUGUAUUAUGGCAAGAAGAGGAAAACUGGGUGAAUAAAUACUUUUUUUGUAAGUUAAAACUA